AUGAAGUGCGCUCCAUACGAUUGGAUAAAACAAUGCAGGCGACGUUUGAAGCAUAAUUCAUAUGCAAAUUUGAUAUGGCUCAUUAAUUUUUUGCCUUCGCUGUGUGGAUUUCCCCUGUUGAACGUAAAAUUUAAUUUUUUGUUUUGGACCAUCCACACAAUCCUUCUCUUUUACGUAUACAUUUUGGGAGUCGUAGUAUACCAGAUGUAUUCUGCCAAGGAUUUCAUAGAUUCCAUCAACAGUUUCUUCAACAUUUCAGCGUUUAUCCUGAUCUCAGUUGAUAGCUGGUGGAUACUUAGACGACGAAAGGAGUUGAAUAAUCUUUUGGAAAUUGCGAGAAAGAAUGAUGAUCUUAUAAUACAGAAUGGCAGAUUCCAUGGUGAUUAUGAGAAAAUGUUGAGGAGAAUAAAGAUAAUUGUCAUCAUGUGCUACGUUUUCCAUUUCAUUAAUGAAGUCUUGAUCUUCAUACCUUAUAGGACUUUGAGGAUGGAGGAGUUCUCUAUUGCCUCCUGUGUUGGUCUGGAGCCACUGGAUGUCAGUCCAAACCGCGAAGUUUGCAUGGGGCAAUUAGCACUUCAAGAACUAACAUCCAUUGUCGUUGUAUGCAGUUACGACGUGUCAUUACUAUUCUUGUUUUCUCAUACUACCGCUGUAUUUCAAGUACUUUACGAAGAAAUGAUCAAUUUCAGCGAGAUGGCAAAAUCUUGUCACAAAACUGCCGAAGACUAUGAUGUCAUUGAAGCUCGAUUGAGUAACAUCAUUGACCGUCAUGGUUUAGCAUUGCGCACUGUUCGGAAAGUAGAAGCUAUUUAUAGUGAAGCUAUAGGCAUAGGCUUUGGUUUGGAUGCAAUAUCAUUGUGUCUAUUCUUCGUGUUGCCUAUAGAAGUCAUUCUUCACUUCGCUCCAUUGAUUUACCACAGUCUUUUUAUAUUCUUCUUGUAUUGUUUUCAAGGACAGAGACUUACAACAGCGUCGGAAAAGUUCGAGAUGGCGGUGUACUGCUGCGGGUGGGAGAAUUUGCGCGUGAAAGAGAGGAAGCAGGUGCUGCUGAUGUUGAAACAAGCGCAGAAGCCGGUCAUAGUGUAUGCCGCUAAAGUUAUUCCAAUACGUCUGAGCACCUUUGCAACCACCAUGCAGUCUAUUUAUAAGUUUGUCACUGUAUUUAAGGUCUAG